AUGGAGGCAAAAGUUUUAAAUGAUAUUAUUGCUGGAGUUUCUCUAAAACCAGCGAAGCAUCUGAUGAUCGACAAGAGUGCCCCCAAGAUUAACAGCAAGAAAAACCAGUCGAAAAUUGUUUGUGAUGUGCCUCUGCCGAGUACAUCAGAGCAGGAGCAGACUAGGAAUGCUGUGUUAUCAGCCUUUGAUCAAUCUGAUAGAGAUGAGUUGCUAAGAAAUGCUGAUGACGAGAAUUUAUAUUUGAAACUUCUGCCAAGUUUGACUGAUGAGGAUGAUAAUGAAGAACUGACGGGUAAUACUGCACUGACCGGUGUUUUCGGCCUACAUGGUAAUGGCAUUUUUCAUAGAUAUACUGAAAUUGAGCAUCAGCUGUUGAAAGCAGAUUUUGAACCUCAAGAUGAUGUUGAGAGAAAGUUUGAGGAUUUCAACAUCAUAAACACACAGCCGGGGAUAAUGAUUCCACAAACAUAUCAUAGCACUGAGUCAAAGUCUGUUAGCAGUGUAGUUGACCAGAACAUUCUGGAUCACCUAUCAUCUCACACAGUGGCUAACUUUGAAGAAAAUGAAGUUUCAAGUAUUGCUCUGGAUACAUCAUCACAUUCCAUGUUUAGCUCAAAAGGUUCAACAAAGCCCAAACAUACUGUCUCAAUUCUUUCAAAUUUUUUCAACAAAUUUCAAAAAUCAACAACCGAUCAGCCGUUGAUUACUAGCCUAAACAAAACCAGCAACCCAAAUUUUUUUCCAGUUGAAAGUAACGAUUCCUCAUCAUCAUGGGCCAACAUCAAAGUCACAGAAUCCAACACUUCUAGAGAAGAUUCAAGAAACAGCACAUCAACACCAACAACUGAACAGACCUCCAAAAAAAAUCCUCAAUUUUCAUCUUCGAAAUUUUUCUUAUCAAACAUUUUUGCGACUACAAAAGGCUUCAGCCCUAGCAAGAUUUUAGAAUCCAAAUCCUCCAAAUCAUCGAAUGUUAACCUAGAUCCCUGCAGGGUUGAUUUCAUUAAAAGCUACUACAUAAACCCAGAUGACAAAAUUGUUGGUAGUAAAAAUUUGAAUACAAAAAAUAUCCUAAGACAUAAAGAUGCGGGCAAAAAUUCAGACUCCCACAAGAGUAGGACUUUAUCAAAAGACAGAACGACAUUAAACGGCGGAGAGUUCUCACUGAAAAGCAAAGAAUCAUCUAAGACUAGAGGAAAUUCUCUAUAUGGAGAUGUUUUAAGGAAGAGAUCAGAAAAAGGAGGUAAUACUAAUGUGAAAGAAGCAUCUAAAAAUAGGUCUUCGUUUAGAGAUAAGACCGCAGCUGCAGCAGCUAAAACAGCAGCUUCCAAGGAAUCAAGAAAAAUCAGGGACCAAUCAUCUACAAAGAAAUUAGGUCAACAUUCUAAAUUAAAACCCUCCAAUAUACCAUCCCAUUUAAUUUCAAACCUCAAUUCUAUCUUACUAAAGGGCUCAAACAAUUCAUUGGCCUUCUCAUCAAGUAAGUUAUCAGCAGCAGCUUCAGCAGCUUCAGCAGCAACAACAUCAGCAGUUGAUAAAAAGUUGAGAACGUCAUCAUUGUCAAGCAGAAAUAGUAUUAAUAAUGUAGACUCGCAUGGUAUGUUCUCUAUGCUUUUGUUUGGUUUCAUCAACUUUUUCAAUUAA